AUGAAGGGAAUUUUGAGAAAGUGUGCCACCUGCAAAAAGGUAGAAGGGGUUCCAUACAGACCACCACCAACUCCAGAUUUACCAAUGGAACAAGUCUCAUGGAACGAAUUUCAUGUUUAUCAUUGAUUCUAUCAAGCAAGCACAUAAUUCAGAGAAGCAAACCUUUUCACUACAUGUCACUACAAUUGAGGCAAAUUGUUUCCCUGUUUUGUAGAGUUCCCAAUGUUUCUCAAGAAAACAUUGCAGAACUUAAACAGAACAGUACUGUACCAAUUUCUUAAGAUGCAACAGCUUGUUUAGCACAGUGACCCCAACAACCUGGUCUGUGGGACAUAUCAUUCCUGCCCAUACAUCUGAUGUUUUUCAGAAAUACAACUUGGGCUUAAAUAGAGUGUCUAUGGAGGGCUGA